AUGUCUCCGCGCACCACCGACCUCACGACAGAUGCGUUAUGGCACACGGAGGACCGCCCCGGGCCAAAGGUCUCCUACCAGGACACCAACUACAGGCGCUCUAUUCCAGCUGAAGAGCGCCUGUCCAUCUGUCUGCGGUUUCUUGCCACUGGGGACUCCUACAGGACCAUUGCGGGGAGCUUCAGAGCGGGCAUAUCCACCGUCUCCAUGCUCAUCCCAGAUGUGGUGGCAGCCAUCUGGGACUGCCUCAUGGAGGAGUUCAUAGCUGUGCCUGGAGCAGAGGAGUGGAGGUAA